GCAUGUGUUGAACACUUUUUUUCUAUAUUAAGUCAACUGUAAAAUGAAAUUGGCAAACGUGUCGGCAUAUGAGACCCACGGACCUUUUGAUGGCCCCCAAUGGCCUCAUAUCGCCCCUCGUAGUACCUAUUUGAUGAUUGCUGUGCUUAUGGGCAUGGUGGUGGUUUUAGCUUUCCUUGUCAAUGGCAUGGUCAUAGUGGUCUCCAUCAAGUACAAGAAGCUGAGGUCUCCUUUGAACUACAUUUUGCUCAAUCUGGCCGUAGCUGAUUUAUUGGUUACUAUUUUUGGGAGCAGUGUUAGCUUCCACAACAACAUUUUUGGCUACUUUACACUAGGCAAAUCAAUUUGUGAGUUUGAAGGAUUCAUGGUGUCCUUAACAGGUAUAGUAGGCCUCUGGUCAUUGGCCAUAUUAGCCUUUGAAAGGUACAUAGUGAUCUGUAAACCCAUGGGGGAUUUCCGUUUCCAGCAGAGACAUGCGGUCAUGGGAUGUUCAUUCACCUGGAUAUGGGCUUUCAUAUGGACAUCUCCACCUCUCUUUGGCUGGUGCAGUUACGUUCCUGAAGGUCUCAGAACAUCUUGUGGGCCCAACUGGUACACUGGAGGGACCAACAACAACAGCUAUAUUAUGGCUUUGUUUACCACUUGCUUCAUUAUGCCUCUUAGUACCAUCAUAUUCUCCUAUUCAAACCUGCUAAUGGCACUGAGAGCAGUUGCUGCUCAGCAGAAAGACUCAGAAACGACUCAGCGGGCGGAGCGAGAGGUUACCAGGAUGGUUAUUGCUAUGGUAUUGGCCUUUCUCAUCUGCUGGUUACCCUAUGCUGCAUUUGCUAUUGUGAUGGCAUCCAAUAAGGACAUUGUAAUUGAACCCACAUUAGCAUCAAUGCCUUCAUACUUCUCCAAAACAGCCACUGUAUACAACCCUGUCAUCUACAUUUUCAUGAAUAAACAGUUUCGAGAUUGCUUAAUGAAGCUUCUGUGCUGUGGUCGCAAUCCAUUUGGCGGAGAGGAUGAGACCAGCGCAACCAGCGGCCGUACAGAUGUCACAUCAGUGUCUGAGGGAGGUGGGAACAAGGUCACACCAGCAUGAUAGAUCUGAUGACCAUUAGGAAAAAUUUUUGCAAGAAACAUUUUUUUUUUUAAGCAUAAUUUUGGUUCAUUCUUGAAAUAAAAUAAAACUCUGAAUUUUGUUUCAUAAAAAUAAGUAUAUUGAUUAUUAAAACUAAUGUUAUAUUUAUUCGAAAAAGCAGAGGGGUUAUUUAUGUAAAAGUCCUCAGUAACUAAAUAUCUAAUUUAUAAUAAAGUGUGUAAUAUA